AUGGUUAAGUUAACGCGAUCUGAUGAUUUUAAUAAAUAUAUUGAUGACUUAUUUUCACCUGACUCAAGAAUUGAAGAGGUGGUAAUGGUCCCAUAUGAAGAAACUGAUAAUUUGGCUACUAGGCGUGAAAAAUUAUUAAAUAAAAUAACUACAUUGGGAAGAAAGCAAGGAAGAAUUGAAAAAUUAAUAUAUUAUUACUAUAUUGGAGAGGAGUUACUAAAAUAUAAUAACUAUAGAGAGAAAUGGAGGGUUGUUGUAAAAGAAAAAAUGUUUAUGAGCGAAAAAAGGCAUUUUACAAAUGCUAUAAGAGUAUACAAGCUUUUUAAAUUAGUAAACAAAGAAAAGAUUUAUAACACUGUUUAUUUGAAUUCCAAUUUAAUUGGAGAAUUGUCCACAACUGAUUAUAAAAAGUUAUAUGAUAUGAUAGAAAAUUGUAUAAUUUACAAUUACUUCCAUAUGAACUUGCAAGACACACAAUUUUUUUCUUAA